AUGUAUAACGGCAUUGGAUUAAAAACUCCACGAGGUUCGGGAACAAAUGGAUAUAUUCAAAGCAACUUGGCACAUAUUCGACGUGCCAAAAAUACAAUUAGAGAUUAUGAAAAAUUUCGAAAUGAAGUUAGCAUGAAUAAUAUUGUUGAUAAAAAAUAUACAUGUGAUUUUUCAAUUAUUGAACACUCAGAAAAAAGAAAAAUAGAGUUAGAAGUUUUACUAUAUGAAGAAAAAAUCAAGGAAGAAGGAAAAGAAAAUAUUGAAGAACUAAUUAAUAAUUAUAGGAAAAAAUUAUAUGAUGAAUAUUAUGAAAAAAAAAAUACAGAAGAAAAAUUUAAUGUAAAUAAAAAUCGGAAAAUUGAUGCUAAUGAAAAUAUACAUAUGUUAAAUGAUAGAAAAAGAAAACAAAUAGAAAAUUUGCAAAAAGUUUUGAAAAUUAAAAAGAACGAUAAAAAGAAAGAAGAUAUCCAGUUAAAGGAGAGUGAGGAAGCGGAAAAGAAGAAAAAAAAAAAUAGCAAAGAUAGUCAAAGCGAUAGUAGUAGUAGCGAUAGUAAUAGUAGCGAUAGUAGAAGUAGUGAUAGUAAUAGUGGCGAUAGUAAUAGUGGCGAUAGUAAUAGUAGCGAUAGUAAUAGUGGCGAUAGUAGUAGUGGUAGUAGCGGUGAAAGCGACUCUAGCAGCAGUGAAAGUGAUUGCAGACGGAAUAUAAGACGAAAAAAAAAAUAUCGAUCUGAGUCUAGUUCAGACAGUUCUCAUAAAUCUACUAAAUCUGAUUAUUCUAGCGAUUCUAACAAGCGUACUUGUAAUACAUCAGAAUACAGUGAUUCAAGCAGGUCAUCAAAUAUAAGACAAAAGAAAAAUAAUAAAAAAAUAAAAGCAAAUUCAUCGCUUCCAAUAAGAGUAUCUGUUAUAAGUAGUAUUCCUGAUACACCAACCAAAAAUGAUUCCAAUCCAACAUCGGAUGACGAUAAAAUAAAAAAUUCCGAUCGUUCAAUUAGUCCACGCAGAUCAAGGGGUAAUAAACUCGCAUUAAAGGAAAAGAUUCGUAAAAAAGGAAAAUCUCAAAGAAGCUAUAAUGAUAGCGAUGAUGAUAAAAACUUUAAAAGUAAUACAAAAAACAAGCAUCGUAAUAAAAGAGAACUACAAAGCAACAGUAAUAGUGAUAGCGAUAGCCGAUAUAACAAAACUAAGAUAAAAACAAAAAAAGAUGCUAAGAAAGAUAAUCAUAAAAGUAGUGAUACUUAUAAAAAAAAUAAUUCUCUUGAAAAUAUGCAUAAUAAAGAAUCCAAAAAUAAUAAAAAGAAAGGAACCAACAUAAAAUCAUCGCCAUCGCUUGUAAGAAAUGAUGAGAGCUCAGAUGAUGGACAUACAAAUAAAAGGAAACAUGACAUCAAGGAUAGUAAACGAAAUAAACAUAACAAGCGUGGUAGUAUUACAUCGUCCGACGAAAGAAAUAUAAAGGACAAAAAGAAACCCUCAUUAAAUGAUAUAAAAAAAAAAGACAAGACUCACACAAAAAAUAAUAAACCAGAAAAUUCACUAAAUAAGGACGAAACUCUGGAAAUUUUAAAUGACAUAAAAAAAUAUUACAGCAAAAAGAAAGAAUCUUUUAGCGGGCAAAGUGAUAAAGAAUAUAACCACAACUUCAACAAUUCUGAUAAUAGUAGUAGUGGAAAUGAUAAUAAUAAAAGCGACAGUGAUAGUGUCGCAUCUAGCCACACAAAAAAAAGGAAUGAAAAGCAGAAAAGGAGGGGAUCCUUAAACAGACAUAAUUAUUCUAGUCAGUCCCCAAUUAGAAAUAAAAAAAAUAAUAGAAUUGUGAAAAAGAAAAAAGCAGAAUAUGAUAGUAAUUCAUCUGACUCUCAUUUUAAUCAUGAGCAUCGUCGUGAUCAUAAUCGACGUACUAAAAGAGGGCGAGAAGAUGAAAGCAGUGAAAGAAGCAUUAGGAGUAUAGAUUGUUAUAAAAAUAAAAAAAGAGAAAGACCUAGUUCUGAGAGCAUAGACAAACAUCGUAGGGAAAAGAAUAGCGACGCAAUCGACCGACGUAAAAAUAGAGAAAGAGAUAAAGAACGAAAACGUGAAAAGAGAGAUAGAAGUAUCGAAAAAAGUCACAGAAGUAGAGAAAGACAUAAGGGAAGAAGACCUAGAAGAGAGGAUAGCGACGCAUAA